AAUUCUGAUAUGGUCCACAUUAGACAGUUCUCGGGUGUUCUUGCUUGGCCCUUCUCAGCACUAUUGUCUACUACACUCCAAAAUGUGCUUUUAACCAGGCGGCCAGACCUGCUGUCUAUUGUACCUCAGUCUGGUUUAUGGGGGAGCUUUCUCAUAUCUCAUCAGAGUUUGACAAUGUUGUUCAAGUUGUGCUGGAAAACUAUAAACCUUAGAAGAUACAAAAUGAUGAUCAGGGUACCAAUGAUGCUGACAGCCAGUUGGUGCAGGAAGACCAGAAGGCUAAGCACCCUUCCCCUUUCAUUAUCACUGCGUCCCCCUCUUGGGAGAGCAUAGUUAAUGUUAAGGGAGAAGUCAGCCUACCAGAGGAAGAUGCUAGAGAUCCCAAAUUUUGGUCCAGAAUCUGUGUGCACAAUAUGGCCAAGCUUUCUAGGGAGGCAACCACAUUCCGUCGCAUCUUGGGAUGUCAGUUAUUGAGUCCCUCUCUUUGGAUAUAAAAGAAGGUCAUACCUUGGAGCACUUUCAUGGAAUUUGAUGGCCACUGUUGCGGAUGAUAAAUAUAGCGCAACAAACUAUUAUUUUUGGAUCUCUUGUAGUUGUCGUAUUUGAUAUUGUAUACCAGAAAAUAUUUUCUUA